AGAGAGAGGCAAGAUGGCCGCCGCGGCCGAGGGGAGAUGAGCGGAGCUCGGCGCCCUGGUGCCCUGUGACGGCCCGCUGGGUCGGGGAGCCCCCGCACGGCCGCGCCCUGCCGGCUUCGGGAUAAGCUUUGUCACAGAAGCAUUCUAAAUACUGUGUGAAGAUGGCAAGUCUGAUGAAUCAGAGUCUGCUGACCUAUGCAGAAGAAGGAAAUGUUCCUGCUCUGAAAGCACUGCUGGAGAAAUGCAGGGAUGUAGAUGAGAGAAACGAGAAUGGCCAGACUCCACUCAUGUUGGCUGCUGAGCAAGGCAAUUUAGAAAUUGUCCAGGAGCUUCUCAAGAAAGGAGCUAAUUGCAACUUGGAGGAUGCAGAUAACUGGACAGCUCUAAUUUCAGCAGCUAAAGAAGGACAUGAAGCCAUCAUAGCAGAACUUCUCAGUUAUGGUGUCAAUUUGGAGCAUAGGGAUUUGGGAGGAUGGACUGCUCUGAUGUGGGCUUCGUAUAAAGGCCGUACUGAAGUAGCAAAGCUGCUGCUCGAGAAGGGAGCAAAUCCAAACAUCACUGGCAUGCAAUACAGUGUUUAUCCAAUUAUUUGGGCAGCAGGACGGGGCCACUCAGAUAUAGUCCAUCUCUUACUGCAGCAUGGAGCUAAAGUGAACUGUUCUGACAAAUAUGGAACCACCCCAUUGGUGUGGGCAGCUAGGAAAGGCCAUUUGGAUUGUGUGAAAUACUUGCUGCAAAUGGGAGCUGAUGUUGAUCAAGAAGGAGCUAAUUCGAUGACUGCACUUAUUGUGGCAGUUAAGGGUGGCUACACCGACUCGGUGAAAGAAAUCCUGAAAAGGAACCCAAACGUGAACUUAACUGAUAAAGAUGGAAAUACAGCUUUGAUGAUUGCGUCAAAGGAAGGGCAUACGGAGAUUGUGCAGGAUCUUCUCGAUGCUGGAACUUACGUGAAUAUUCCUGACAGAAGCGGAGACACGGUGCUGAUUGGGGCUGUUAGAGGAGGUCAUGUUGAAAUUGUCAGGGCCCUGCUCCAUAAGUAUGCUGAUAUAGACAUCAGAGGUCAGGAUAAUAAAACUGCUUUAUAUUGGGCAGUUGAGAAAGGAAAUGCUACAAUGGUGAGGGACAUCUUGCAGUGCAACCCUGAUACUGAAACGUAUACAAAGGAUGGAGAAACACCACUUAUCAAGGCAACCAAAAUGAGAAAUAUUGAAAUAGUGGAGCUUCUUCUGGACAAAGGAGCUAAGGUCUCUGCUGUAGACAAGAAAGGAGACACCCCACUUCAUAUUGCUAUUCGUGGAAGAAGCCGUAAACUCGCUGAAUUGCUCUUGCGAAAUCCGAAAGACGGUAGAUUGCUUUAUAGACCCAACAAAGCAGGGGAAACACCUUACAACAUUGACUGCAGCCACCAGAAGAGUAUUUUAACACAGAUAUUUGGAGCUAGACAUUUGUCUCCAACGGAAUCUGAUGGUGACAUGCUGGGUUAUGAUCUGUAUAGCAGUGCUUUAGCAGAUAUUCUGAGUGAACCAACCAUGCAGCCACCUAUUUGUGUGGGCUUAUAUGCUCAGUGGGGAAGUGGAAAAUCUUUCCUGCUCAAGAAACUAGAAGAUGAAAUGAAGACUUUUGCUGGGCAACAGAUCGAACCUCUGUUUCAGUUCUCCUGGCUGAUUGUGUUUCUCACACUUUUGCUCUGUGGAGGUUUGGGUUUAUUGCUUGCUUUCACAGUGGAUGCAAAGCUUGGAAUAGCAGUGUCACUCAGCUUAUUAGCAGUGCUCUACAUUUUCUUUACUGUAAUUUAUUUCGGUGGUCGAAGAGAAGGUGAGAGCUGGAACUGGGCCUGGGUACUGAGUACAAGACUGGCAAGGCACAUUGGAUACUUAGAGUUGCUUCUGAAACUCAUGUUUGUCAACCCACCAGAGUUACCAGAGCAAACCACUAAAGCUUUGCCUGUGAGAUUUUUGUUCACGGACUACAAUAGACUGUCCAGUGUAGGUGGAGAAACUUCAUUGGCUGAGAUGAUUGCUACCCUCUCUGAUGCAUGUGAAAGAGAAUUUGGUUUCUUAGCAACAAGGCUAUUUCGAGUUUUCAAGACAGAAGAUACGCAAGGUAAAAAGAAAUGGAAGAAAACAUGCUGUCUCCCAUCCUUUGUGAUUUUCCUGUUCAUAUUGUCUUGUGUUGUUUCUGCGGUUGCCCUGCUGGCGAUUUUUAAUGUAGAGCCAACCAACAUGACAGUGAAUGCUAUUCUUAUCUCAGUCACGUGUGUUGUUGGUUUGGCCUUUAUCUUGAAUUGUCGCACGUGGUGGCAAGUGAUGGAUUCAGUUUUGAAUUCUCAAAGGAAACGUCUUCACCAUGCUGCCUCCAAGCUUCACAAGCUGAAAAGUGAGGGAUUCAUGAAGGUUUUGAAAUGUGAAGUUGAGCUGAUGGCCAAAAUGGCAAAAACCAUUGACAGCUUCACUCAGAAUCAGACCAGACUUGUUGUAAUUAUUGAUGGAUUGGAUGCUUGCGAACAGGACAAAGUUUUGCAAAUGCUUGAUACUGUGCGAGUCUUGUUUUCAAAAGGCCCAUUUAUUGCUAUUUUUGCGAGUGACCCACACAUAAUUAUAAAAGCUAUUAACCAGAAUCUCAACAGUGUUCUACGUGACUCAAACAUAAAUGGACAUGAUUACAUGCGCAAUAUAGUCCAUUUGCCUGUUUUUCUGAAUAGCCGAGGGCUUAGUAAUGCAAAAAAACUGAUGGUAGCUUCGACAACCAAUGGGGAUGUUCCUUACACAGAUAAUGCAGGAUUGCAUGAAGAGAUUGACAGAAGAGUUUCUCAGAACAGCCUUGGGGAGAUGACCAAGCUUGGCAGCAAAACAGCUCUCAAUAGGCGGGAUACUUACCGAAGGCGCCAGAUGCAGCGCACCAUUACUCGCCAGAUGUCCUUUGAUUUGACCAAGCUUCUGGUUACAGAGGAUUGGUUCAGUGAUAUCAGUCCUCAGACCAUGAGAAGAUUACUGAACAUAGUUUCAGUGACAGGUCGCUUAUUGAGAGCAAAUCAAAUCACCUUCAAUUGGGAUAGGCUUGCUAGUUGGAUCAAUCUCACAGAGCAGUGGCCAUAUAGAACAUCGUGGCUCAUACUGCAUCUUGAAGAGACUGAAGGUGUUCCAGAUCAACUGACUUUAAAAACCAUCUAUGAGAGAAUUUCAAAGAAUAUUCCUACAACUAAAGAUGUUGAACCACUGCUUGAAAUUGAUGGAGAUAUACGGAACUUUGAAGUAUUUUUAUCUUCUCGAACACCUGUUCUUGUAGCACGUGAUGUAAGAACAUUUUUGCCAUGUACUGUCAACUUAGAUCCCAAACUACGGGAAAUCAUUGCAGAUGUUCGUGCUGCAAGAGAUCAAAUGAAUAUAGGAGGACUUCCUUAUCCCACAUUGCCUUUACAUGAGGCACCUGCCAGAGCAGCGUCUCUGUUCAGUCAGCCUUCAUCAGCCUGCUCUUCUACAACCUCUUUCAAUGGACCUUUCAACAGUGGAGUUCUAUCACCCCAACCUCACAGCAGUUACUAUAGUGGUAUGACAGGACCCCAGCAUCCGUUCUACAAUCGGGGGAGAAAAAAUAUUCGGAAGGCGGAUAUAAGUCAUAGAUUGCUCCUGUAUGCAGUUUUAAGUAGUGAGCCAUUCUUUGCCCCAUGUAUUUACAUGCCAAGGUAUUACCCUGGCAGUUCUCAUCUCAUCUCACGUCCACUAAAAACGAGUUUGUCCAGAGAUCAGAGCAAUGGCCUAGAUGUUAUCAAGGAGGAUGCUGAUGAGGGGCUUUCUUCACCCACAGACCCCUCAAUGCUGUGUAAGUCUGGGUUAAGCAGACCAAGACAGGGAGGAGGAGCAGGUGCAGGACCAACCACAGGAGUUUCACAUGUCUCUCUGAGCACAAUGAGUGUGGAAGCUGUAUGUGAGAAGCUAAAGCAGAUAGAUGGCCUGGACCAGAGUAUGCUGCCUCAGUACUCUGCAAUUAUAAGAAAGGCAAAUAUAAAUGGCCGUGUCUUGGCUCAGUGCAACAUUGAUGAACUGAAGAAAGAAAUGAAUAUGAAUUUUGGUGACUGGCACCUGUUUAGGAGCAUGAUACUUGAAAUGAGAACUUCAGAAAAUCAGGCUGUUCAGGAAGAUCCUCGAGGAGCAGCUGAGCAUGUCAGCACUGCGAUUUCUCAUGGCGAACUUGCUCGUCGUCCUGGGCAUAGCACUGAGCUGCCUCACACUGAGCUUACGGGUCUUUCUGGUCAAGCUCCCUACACACUUAACUUCAGCUUUGAAGAACUCAACACAAUUGGUCUUGAUGAAGCUCCUCCACGCCACAGUAACUUAAGUUGGCAGUCACAAACUCGCAGAACACCAAGCCUUUCAAGUCUUAACUCUCAAGAUUCGAGUAUUGAAAUAUCAAAGCUCACUGACAAGGUACAAGCAGAAUAUAGAGAUGCAUAUAGAGAAUAUAUUGCUCAGAUGUCGCAGUUAGAAGGAGGUGCCAGUUCCACUACUGUAAGUGGAAGGUCUUCCCCUCACAGUUCCAAUGCUUUCUAUAUGGGUCAGAGUACAUCGGGGGGGUCCUUGCAUUCCAGUGCAGAGCAAGAGAAAGUAAAAGAUGGUGAGCAGAAACAAGAUGAUGGAAGAAAGUCCUUCCUGCUGAAGAGGAAUGAUGUUAUUGAUUAUAGUACUUUAGGUGUUUCUGCUAAUGAUGCAUCUCCUUUGGAUCCUAUUACUGAAGAAGAUGAAAAAUCCGAUCAGUCUGGUUCCAAGCUUCUGCUGGGAAAGAAGUCAUCAGAAAGAACAAGCAUUUUCCAGGCUGCAGAUUUAAAGCUUAAGGGAGUUACUCUGCGGUAUCAGAAGCUUCCAAGUGAUGAAGAUGAGUCAGGAACUGAAGAGUCAGAUAACACUCCGCUUCUUAAGGAAGGUAAAGACAAGAAAACAGAUGGAAAAGUAGACAAACAGCCCAAGUCUCCAGAACAUGGAUCUGAACCUAUUAGAACCUUCAUCAAAGCCAAGGAGUACUUGACAGAUGCGCUUCUGGAUAAAAAAGAUUCUUCUGACUCCGGUGUAAGAUCUAAUGAAAGUUCUCCCAAUCAUUCUCUCCAUAAUGAAGGAACAGAUGAUUCACAGCUUGAAAAGGCAAAUCUCAUUGAGCUUGAAGAUGACAGUAAUAGUGGAAAGAGAGGAAUUCCACACAGCCUUAGUGGCCUUCAAGAUCCAGCUGUGGUUCGCAUGUCGAUUUGCUCGGAAGAUAAGAAGAGCCCAUCGGAAAGCAGCCUGAUAGCAAGUAGCCCGGAAGAAAACUGGCCAGCCUGCCAGAAAGUCUACAAUUUAAAUAGAACCCCUAGUACAGUAACCCUAAAUAAUAACAGCGCUCCAAACAAUCAAGCUAAUCAAAAUUUUGAAGAAAUACAAGGUAUGAGAGAUCCACCUCAGAUUAUCCUGAAUCCUAGUGCAGGUUCCAAUUCAGCUGCCGUUCAGAAUGAGAACCUGAAAAGUGUUGCUCACAAGCGGAGCCAGCGUUCGAGUUACACACGGCUUUCAAAAGAUUCAUCAGAGCUCCACACUGUCACUGCCUCAGAUGGGGCUGGUUUUGGAGAAGAAAGAGAGAGUAUCCUUUAAAGAAACAAGGUUCAAACAGAGAGUGUCCACAUGUUGUAGCUUGCUUAGAAUUUGUUGUCAGUAUGUGGUUACGUUAAGCUGUGUAGUUAAGUUUUCAGUACUGUACUUAGAAAAUUUAGAAAAUUAUUUUCAUUCAUUCUCUUGAAGAGAAGAAAUAAUCUUUAGGACAAAUUAUUUCAGACCUUCCCUACAAAUUAAACUAAUGCUUGUCAGCAUGGAAAAGCAAUUCCUUAAGACGCCUUGCAAAUGUUUGGUCAGAGGCAUACGUUGCAGAAGUACAUGCAAUUUAAUCAUUAAAAUGUGAUUUUAUUUUUCUGUUGGGUAAUACUUAUCCCUCCAGAACAUUCCAUUUAAAUCUUAUGUACUUACAUGCUUAAUAUUUUAAUGCAUCUUUGCCAUUUAACCUGAGUUGCCAGAAGAUGGAAUCUCACAGCCUGAGACAUCUGUACCAAACUUUACAUUUACUAGUGAAGUAAGGUGUGCAACAUUUGUAUGUUGAAAUUUUGAGUGUUAAGGUACCUCUUUGGCUGCGUGUACACUUUCAUUCACUGUGUGUUCAGUAAUUGCAGUUGACUUUGUGAACUUUGGGUAGAAUGGUGAUAAGGUUUGUAAGGAGCGUUGUCCUGAUGUGUUGUUGGAAUUGGCAGUUAUUUAUAAGAUAAUGCCUUACCACUGACUUAGUAAAUCAGUUAUUUAUUAUAGGUACGUAAUUCUGUAGUUACUGGUCUGAGUAGAUGCAAACACCUAAGCUAUGUUAAAAUAUUACAAGGAUAAAGUGUGAAUGUGGUAUCUGAACUCCUUAGAGUAUCUGUUGCUGUGCAUAUUUCCUUGGUACAGUGUUCAUCGUUUGGUUCCAGAAAGAAAAAUGAGUAGUGUUUGUCAUUUUUAAAGUAAUAUGUACUUUCUGGGAUUCAGUUAGAGCUGUGGCAGCUUCUUUAUUUCUGAAGUACAGUAUUUGAAAGUUUUGAUGUCAUCCAAGUAUCUCCUUGUUAUUGUAGUAAAUACCUGUACCGGUCCGGUGAAAUCUGCAUGAUUACAGGGGAAGAAUUGUUCAAACUAGACUCUGGUAGUUCAAAGAGAAUUAAAAAAAUAAAUUGUCCUCCUGGAUUUGUGUCCAAA